AUGUCAUUGUACCAACCGUCAAGGUGUUUGGUGAUAGGAGUGUUCACUGGUCUGGGCUUGUUGGGCAUUGCAGAACAAGUUGAAUCCCGGGGCAUCAUUAUCGCACUUGAACAUCCUUCGUAUGCUCAGUAUUGGGAGAAUGUUGGGCUGAGAAUUGCCAAUACAAUUGGUCACUCUUACACUCCACAGAUUCAAAUGCGUUCAUCAGAGCCGAUUGAGAAAGCACUUUCUCGAUUAGCUGCAAACGAGCCGAGCAAUUUUGACUUUAUAUUCCUGGACGACUUCAAACGCGAUAAUUAUCUUGAUGACUAUGAGCAUGCAAUUCGCCUUUUGAGAUCAGGUGGCCUUCUUGUAAUAAAUCAGGCUAUGAACAACGGUGGAGUGCUCACUGGUGUCGAGUUGAUGACGGAAAGUGAUCGCAUUAUCUCUAUGAUGAAUGUACGGAUAAAGGAAGAUGGAAGAACUAUUACAGCUUAA